ACGUAUUGAAAGUUGUAAAUAAAAUUACUUCUACCACGAAUUACCGUCUCUUUCUUCCGUCAGAUAUACCAAAGCAAUACGCAUCCAGUCAUGAAGGUGACACUUAUUCUGGCUUUGGCUUGCGCGGCAGUUACGAUCGCCGUGCCAUCUGCAAUCCCUGACAGCUGGAAGAUGCAGCAGUGCAUGCUGACCAUGGUACCUGUGAGCAGCCGCGAGGAAUUUGGAAAAGCUUUGAUUGCCUGUUUUCAGGAACACUUCGCGACAAAUGGUUCUCGCCCGGGUCCCAUCGUCGUAGAGGAUUUGCCAGAAGUUCAAGUUUGUCUGUCCAAAAAGUUGGGAUACGUGAUGGAGAAUGGCACGUUUGACGUGGAGGCUUUCAAGAGCCAAAUCGCGCUCAAUGUCGCCGGUAGCGACGACGAGGCGAACUUCAAGCUUGGGCUCGACAACUGUCCCACCGACGCACUUGCCAACAAUUCUCUGAUUCUUGAGUACAUGGGAUGCCUGGCGACGUACUGUGCCACAGGAGCUGGACCUCAACCUUUACCUGCCACCAGGACUUCAUAUCACUCCAGAACCCAAGGGCUGCAAUCGAAUUUCUUCACUAAAUUUGAUGCAUUCUUCUCGUAAAUGCUUUUGAAUUUUCCAUUUUUGGUUGUCUUUGACUUUUCCAUCCUUGGUUGUCUUUGACAUUUCCAGCUAUGGUUGUCUUUGAUUUUUCCAUUUUUGCUUGUCUUUGAGUUUUCUAUCUUUGGUUG